AUCGCCACACGACUAAAACGGACCACAGCGCAAAGAAGAGCAGAGUGAGGAAAAGAGAGGCAGAGUGGAAAAUGGGGAGGAAGAAGGGAGUCCCAGAGUUCGAUGAAACGGCGCCGGAUGACUUCGACCCGGCCAAUCCCUACAAGGACCCGGUGGCGAUGCUGGAAAUGAGGGAGCAUAUAGUUCGAGAGAAAUGGAUCGACAUAGAGAAGGCGAAGAUCCUCCGAGACAAGGUGAGGUGGUGUUACCGCAUCGAAGGAGUCAACCAUCUCCAGAAGUGCCGCCACCUCGUUCGCCAGUACCUCGACGCCACCCGCGGCAUCGGUUGGGGCAAGGAAGGCCGCCACCCUUCCCUCCACGGUCCGAAAGUUGAGGAGGUUGAGUCAGACUGAGAGGCUGCAUUCACUUAUGUAAGGGGACUGAAUUUCGGGCCAGUGAAGGAAUGCAUAAAACGAGGGAUUUGAAUAACUGUCUACUUACAUUGUUAUUAUUGUUGUUUGCAUUGUAAGACUCAUAUAAUGAACAGGACAGGAUGAUCUCUUUAUCAUUUUUCUUUUCUCCAUGUUAACCCUUUUUUUUUUCCUUUUCCUUUUCCUUUCUUAUUAGUCAUGCUAUUACUUGGGCGAGUCUAUCCAUAACAGUACAUGAGAUAAUGAAAUAAGUUUCUUGUCAUUUCCUGCUUGAAAUAUAUACCUUAUUGAUAAGGGAUUUGUAGUUUUCA